AGGUCCUUCUCUUAACAGUUCGGGGUAGGUAUUAAGGUAAUUUGUUUUUAAAUUCAAUAUUUCAACAAAGUUCUUGUACUCGCUUUGUCCGAUUCGUGUUUUUUCCGCUUUCGAGUUCGUUUGAAAAAUAGUGACUGUGUUACGGAAUUGUUUUUUAAAGGAAAACGGUAGUGUUGUUGUUGUUCUGGUGAUUAAGCGAUUUGUACGAAGAUGGAGAAUUCCUAAAUAAUAACAAAGAUUUGAUGUGUUGUCGUCCAAUAAUAGAUUCGCGUAGAGGUGGGAAAAGCGUUUAAAUCCAGCUAUCGCGUAGCAAGACUGGCCUCGAGUGGCGAUUCUGAUGACGGUGGGCUUGUACCACCACCGUGUAAGAAAAGGCACUUGGAUACGGAAGAAACCAUGUUGCAGCCAACCAACGGCGUUUUGCAACACAAUGGAUCAAUUGAUGAGCCGUCUUCCAGUUCGACAGUCAAUGGCACAAGCAAUAGUGAUGACCAAGAACAAAACAAUGGGUGCGUUAUUAAGGGAAAAUCGAGUCAAGAAAUUGUGCGGCUAAUUGGUCAACAUUUAAAACUCAUUGGUCUCAAUCAAACAGCCGAAGUGUUGAUGCAAGAAUCAGGAUGUCGUUUAGAACAUCCUGCUGCUACACAAUUCAGACAUCAUGUUAUGGAAGGUGAAUGGAAUAAAGUUAGCGCAGAUUUGAAUGAACUUCAGGCCUUAGUAGGAAAUUCAUGCAAAUAUUUUUUGGAUAUGAAGUUUUUAAUAUUUGAGCAAAAGUAUUUGGAGUAUUUAGAGGAUGGCAAAGUUUUAGAUGCAUUACAUGUGUUGCGCAAUGAAUUGACACCUUUGCAACACAAUAUUGACAAAGUUCAUAUUCUCAGCAGUUAUAUGAUGUGUAGUGGCCGGGAAGAAUUAAUGAAACGGGCAAAUUGGGAGGGAAAAGGAUUAAAGUCUAGAACUUCUCUAAUGGAUAUGAUUCAGCAGUUUCUGCCUCCGCAUAUUAUGCUGCCACCAAAAAGGUUGCAUAUGUUAUUGACUCAGGCUGUAGAAUUGCAAAGAAACCAAUGUUUAUUCCAUAAUACAUUAUUUGAUAAUUCUAUCGAAAAUGUUUCAUUACUUACUGACCAUAAGUGUUCAUUGAAUUGUCAUUAUAGAGAGCAAAUUCCAUGUGAAACAGUUCAAAUUUUGACCGAACAUUGCGAUGAAGUUUGGUUCUGUCGAUUUUCACCAGAUGGAAAAAAAUUAGCAACUGGCUCAAAGGACGCAUCUAUUAUUAUAUAUGAUGUUGAUCCAGAAACUUUAACUGUAGAACAAUCAAUUACUUUGGAUGGUCAUUCAUAUGGGGUUAGUUACCUAUCAUGGUCCCCAGAUGGUGAACUCCUUAUGGCCUGUGGCCCAGAAGACUGUCCUGAUCUAUGGGUGUGGAAUGUUAAUACUGGUGUACUGCGUUUAAAACUAUCACAUUCAUCAGAUGACUCACUUACUGCCUGUUCUUGGCAUAAGGAUGGCCAAAAAUUUGUCUGUGGAGGAAUUCGUGGACAGUUCUACCAAUGUGAUCUAGAAGGCUCUGUGUUAGAUUCAUGGGAAGGAGUCCGAGUGAAUUGUCUUUGGUGUCGGGCAGAUGGAAAAACAGUUUUGGCUGCCGACACACGUCAACGUAUACGUUCGUACAAUUUUGACGAGCUAAGUGAUCAAAAUUUAAUACAAGAAGAUCAUCCUAUAAUGUCGUUCACAGUAAACAAAACAGACCGUUUAGCACUGCUUAAUGUUGUAUCUCAAGGGGUCCAUUUGUGGGACUUGCAAGACAAAUGUUUAGUUCGUAAGUUUCAAGGAGUUACUCAAGGCCAUUUUUCAAUACACAGCUGUUUUGGUGGUGUCAAUCAUGAUUUCAUUGCUAGUGGAAGUGAAGAUAACAAAGUGUAUUUAUGGCAUAUUAAACAUGAAUUGCCAAUAGCAACAUUAACUGGUCAUACUAGAGCAGUAACAUGUGUUAGCUGGAACCCUGUUUAUCAUCAAAUGUUAGCUUCAGUAUCCGAUGACUGUACUGUUCGUAUAUGGGGUCCUUCUGCUAAAUAUCGUAAGCAAAAAACCAACAAAAGUGAUAUUAACAACGAUUCGGGGUCACCUUCCAAACAUAAUAUGUAAUAAAAUAAAUUAUCAUUUAGACUGUUUUGGUUACGAACUUAUAUAAAUUGUAAAUGUUGUUUUUGCCAUUAUUAAACCUUAUCUGAAAAUCUUGUAUUUUGAACAAUACUUAAUUCUUUUGUUGUCUUAGUGUUCUUUUACUUCUUUGGAAAUAAGUCUUCAAAUGAUUAUGACACAACAUUUUUGUAUAAAUAAAAUAAAUAAAAUAAAAUGAAAAACCAUUAACUGUAUGACUCGUAUAUUUUGUAUA